AUGUUAAUGGAUCAUGUUUUCUCUAUAUAUACUGUAAUACCUCAGCUUAAUGAGAAAGAUGCUAUCGUAUUGAAUAAGGCUAUGCAAUAUUUCCAGAAGGCAUUUGAUAAAGCUCUCAAGACCAAGGAAACGGUACUUCAUAUUGAGGCUGUUAUAAACGAAUUUAUAAAAGAACAAAAGGCAUCUAAAGAUCUCGAUAUGGAAUCGAAUGAAUGUCCUAUGGAUUAUAAAAAAAUGUCUG